GCCAGGAGGGAGGAAGAGAGUGACGAGCAAGAGGAGGGAGGGAGGGGAGUAGGAGGGGGAGGAGCAGCAGGUCGGAUCAUCUGGAGGGCCGUAGAAGAAGAUCGUCUGGAGCUCUUUGUUUCUUUCCGCUGCUCGAGACCGUCGCGGAAUUUGCAUCCUCUUGCCGCUUCAUUCCAUUGCUUCAUCGGCUGUUCCAUCGACGGCACCUGUGGAGUCGGAGCGCGCCUCCGAUCUCAGAGCACUUUUCGUCAUGAGGCAUCCCGAGGUUGUUUGGGCUCAACGUACAGACAAGGUGUUUCUCACUGUGGAGUUGCCGGAUGCGAAAAACCCGAAAGUGAAGCUUGAGCCCGAGGGCAAGUUCACCUUCUCUGCAACCGCCGGGACAGACAAUCAACUGUAUGAGCUCGAUUUGGAGCUUUUCGGAAAAGUUAAUGUGGAUGCCAGUAAGAUCAACAUUGGUCUCCGUCAUACCUUCGUCGUAAUUGAGAAAGAAGACAAGGGAUGGUGGAAGAGGCUGUUGAAGCCUGAGGGGAAAUCACCUCCCUACAUCAAGGUUGACUGGAACAAAUGGGUUGAUGAGGAUGAGGAGAAGGACGCACCCAGCCUUGAUAACUUCGACCUCGGAGGCAUGGACGAUCUCUCGAAUAUCAACAUGGGCGGGGAUCAAGACAGCGAUGAUGAAGAUCUUCCGGAGCUAGAGAGUAAACCUUGAAAAGCUUCCGUUGUAUGUGGAGACGAAAAACCUGUAAGAGGUGGUAUCGAAUGUUCAAAGUCAUGAUACAGAUAGCUACAUCGCUAGAGCACACGGCAAUUGUUGACAACAUCUAUCUGUACUCCGCCCUACGUAUCUCCUCUGAGUGCCGCAGUGUGGCCAGGCGAAGAACGGAUCAGCAGGCAUGCUCUGUUCUAGUAAGGUGAUCUAGGAUAUGCGCUCUUUCAAGGUUCUCUGCUAGUACCGAUGACUCGGAAUUCAAGGGCCUAGAACGUGCCGAUUCAACCUUCGUAGUUCUGAGGUUGUGAGUUUGGAAGCAGAUAUAGUGGACUCUACCAAGACGUGUAGAUCAGGCUCUUUAAAGGAGCAUAAAUUUUAUCUGCUUUUUUGAGUAAAGUUGGCUGUCACAAAGAUCCAGGAAGUUUCUUGGAACAAUCU